GUUUGCUGUCACAGCCCCAUCCCCAUUCCUGUAGGUAGGCAACAUGGCGGCAGCGUUUAUGAUGAGGUACAGCUAAGGCCUGGGUCUCUAAACCACCACAAAGGGCUAAGACUUUAGUGGGAACUGAUUUAUUUUCGCGAACACUUAAAUUUGAAAAGGUGCAUUUAAAUGAUUUGGGCAACGCUUAAGUAUUUUGAUGUGAUUUGCAAAAAAAUGAGAAGCCGAGCUGACUUCCAGUACAGCAUGACCGUGAAAAGAAGGGAAUGACCUUCAAGGGGUGCUAAAAUCCUAAUUAGAGGGGGCCAAACUUGAUGGAGGCCAGAAACCGUACGAGGUCAGCUUUAGCCUUCACAACUGGGCCGGGCCCACGAUGGCUGCAACCGGAACACGGUGACGCGCUUCCGUGGGUGUGGCCGGCCUCUCGCUCGGCCACUUCCGCCGCGCGUGCGCAGUUGCCUCCCGGGCUCCUGUUUGUGGCGGUUUCCCGGCGUCAACCAGUUAGUGGAAGACCGUUGUUUAACUCCCGCGGGCGAUGCGUUCUGGCGCAGCAGUCAGGGCCUGCCAGAAAGUGUGCAGGUGCCUGUUGUCUGGCUUUGGAGGUCGAGUGGAGGGGGGGCAGCCUGAGCCGUUAAUGGAAGGGAGUAGUUCCUUUGGAGUGCCCGUGAGGUCGCACGCGGAGCUGCCUCGGGGGAGCGAGCCGAUCGAAGCCCCCGAGUCCAGUGAGGGGACCGAGGAGCUGGUAGAGAUCUGUCAGAGAAGGCAUUUCUUCAGUGGCAGCAAGCGGCAGCUUAGCCGACAUUCUCUUCUGAGCGGGUGCCACCCCGGCUUUGGCCCCUUGGGCGUUGAGCUGCGGAAGAACCUGGCAGCAGAAUGGUGGUCCUCGGUGGUGGUGUUCAGGGAGCAGGUCUUCCCGGUAGAUGCCCUCCAUCACGAGCCUGGCCCUACGCUGCCUGGGGACAGUGCCUUCAGGUUAGUUUCAGCAGAAACUCUACGGGAGAUCUUGCAAGACAAAGAGCUGAGUAAGGAACAGCUAGUAGCAUUUCUUGAGAACUUAUUAAAAACUUCUGGGAAACUACGGGAGAACCUUCUUCACGGUGCUUUGGAGCACUAUGUUAAUUGCCUGGAUCUGGUAAACAAGAGACUACCUUUUGGCCUUGCCCAGAUUGGAGUGUGUUUUCAUCCUGUUUCUGAUACUAAGCAGACACCUGAUGGUGUUAAAAGAAUCGGUGAGAAGACUGAGGCUUCACUGGUUUGGUUUACUUCAGCAAGAACCGCAGGCCAGUGGCUUGAUUUCUGGUUACGUCAUCGACUCCUGUGGUGGAGAAAGUUUGCUAUGAGUCCGUCUAACUUCAGCAGCAGUGAUUGUCAGGACCAAGAGGGACGAAAAGGAAACCAACUUUAUUACAACUUCCCAUGGGGAAAGGAGCCAAUAGAGACCCUAUGGAAUCUAGGAGACCGUGAACUUUUACACACGUGUCCUGGAAAUGAGUCUCAAUUACAAGGCCGAGAUGGACGAAAAAAUGUGGUUCCAUAUGUUUUAUCUGUUACUGGAAAUCUGGACCGAGGUGUGCUGGCUUACCUCUACGAUUCUUUCCAGCUCACAGACAACUCCUUUACAAGGAAGAAGAAUCUUCAUAGAAAGGUACUUAAACUUCAUCCCUGUCUAGCCCCUGUUAAGGUUGCUUUGGAUGUGGGAAGAGGCCCAACGGUGGAAUUAAGACAGGUCUGUCAAGGGUUAUUUAAUGAAUUACUAGAAAAUGGAAUUUCUGUGUGGCCUGGUUAUAUGGAAACUGUGCAGUCCUCAUUGGAACAACUUUACUCAAAAUAUGAUGAAAUGAGUAUCCUGUUCACAGUUUUGAUUACUGAAGCUACUUUGGAGAAUGGGUUAAUACAUCUGAGAAGUAGAGACACCACAAUGAAGGAAAUGAUGCAUAUAUCCAAAGUAAAAGAUUUUUUGGUCAAGUAUAUAUCAUCAGCUAAGAAUGUGUAGAUUUUAAUAUUUGUGUAAUAAAUAUUCUCCUUUCCUAA